AUGAAACUCUUUACUACAUUGGCUGUUGCUUCGUGCCUGGUUCUUCCUUUUGUGAGUGCCGGCCCCGUCUUUUUAAAACGUCAAAGCGAUGAGAAUCGCAUGGCGACAUCCGAAGAAGUUGAAAACCUAAAGUACUACAUGACGCUUGCUGGCAACGCGUACUGUCCAACGGUCAUCCCCGGGGGCCAAUGGGAUUGCGGCAAUUGUGACCGUACUGCAAACAUGGAAAUCGUUGAAGUGUUUACUACACCAGAGCACGACACGAAUGCAAUGGUUGUUCGUGACGACGAACGCAAACGUAUUAUUUCCGUCUUCCGUGAGGUAACAAUUAGCACGACAAGCAACAACAGUAACAUACAAUGGUCUGAGUUAACUAAUAACAAUUAUCUGGGUACGUACCAAUUCAAAGGAUUUUAUCAAAGCUAUGAGGAGGUGGCCGAGCAAAUUGUUUCUGUUGUUGAGCAACAGGUACAAGAGUAUCCCGAUUACUCUUUGACAUCCACUGGACAUUCUUUGGGUGGAUGCACCUCAACGCUUCAUGCUCUGGAUCUUCACCAGCGAGGCUACAAUGUCACUCUUUACUCCCAUGCCGCUCCCCGUAUUGGUAACCGGGCAUUUGUUGAAUAUGCUGCUAGUACGGGAAUUCCAUAUUAUCGUCUUACUAACAAAAGAGACUUGUUUGUUGACUUUCCUUCGCGCUUGCUGGGCUAUGUUCACGGAGGCACCGAGUAUUGGAUCAAUUCUCGAGAUGAAAUCGAGGUAUGUCCCAACGGCCCUGAGACAAAUGGCUGCUACGACUCUGGCUUUGGGAUCAAAAAUAUCGAUGACCAUCUCCAGUAA